AUGAACCCGCUGCUGCUGCCUUCUUGCUGCAAUGGAGAGGAGAGAAUUUCGGGUGUAUGUACAGCUGCGGCGUGGCCGCCGCAGCAGCAAGCAGCAGUUGUUACUGGAGUGCAGCGGCAGCUGCUGCAGCAGCAGCAGCUUCAGCAACUGCAGCAGCUGAAGCUGCAGCAGAUGCAGCAGCUGCAGCAGCUGCAGCAGCUGCAGCACAUGCAUGCACUAGGGGGCCUCAAUCAUUUCUCUUUAGAAGGAUUAAGGGGUGACCUGCUGCUGCAGCAGCCGUCUCUGCUGCAGCCCCUCAAUCGAUGCACCCGCUCCCGCUGCAGCAACUUUGCUGCUUCACAGCAGCAGCAGCAGCAGCAGCAGCAGAAGCAGCAGCAGCAGCAGCAGCAGCAGCAGCAGCAGAAGCAGUGUUAG